CCUGUACGAAAUUUUUGACAGCUGAUGAAAAGUUAGGUUAUGUUCUAUUAAAAUCAUCAAAAAUCAAAAUAUUUACAUACGGUGUAUGUUAAUUUUUGCGGUUAAAUGUCAGAAUUAUAAUUUUAGAACAAUGCCUUAAUUGUAUAGCAUCAAACAAUGACCAAUUGAAAACUUAUUGUAAAUAUAAUAAAAAGAGAGUGAAGAAGGAAAAUGAAUAUUAUGAAGUCAUUCAGAGAAACACUUUUAAAUUCCAAACAUGUUCUUAUUUUGAGUGGAAGUGGUAUUUCUGCAGAAUCUGGAAUUCCAACAUUUCGAGGAGCUGGAGGUUUUUGGAGAAAAUAUCAAGUUCAAAAUCUAGCUACUCCGGAAGCAUUUGCGGCAAAUCCAUCUCUGGUUUGGGAAUUUUAUGAAUAUCGUCGAACAGUUGCGGCUCAGGCACAACCAAAUACAGCACAUCAAGCAAUUGCAGAAUUUCAAAAAAGAUUAAGAGAGAAUAAUAGAAUCGUUUCUAUUAUAACGCAAAAUAUUGAUGGACUUCAUCAAAAAGCUGGAGCUGACAACGUUGUUGAACUUCAUGGCUCUCUCUUCAAAACUCAAUGCACAAAGUGCAAAGUUAUAGAAAAAAAUGAAUGCAUACCAAUUUGUCCUGCUUUGGAAGGAAAGGGAUCUCCUGAUCCAAAUACACUUUCAUCGGAUGUUGCUGUGAAAGAUUUACCCAGAUGUAAUAAAAAUAAUUGUGGCGGUCUUUUGAGACCUUACAUUAUUUGGUUUGGUGAAAACCUUGAUCAACAAGUUUUAUCAAAUGCUCAUGAAGCUGUGGAUUCAUGCGAUGCUUGUUUAGUUGUUGGAACUUCGUCAGUGGUAUAUCCUGCAGCAAUGUUUGCACCUCUAGUUGCUCAACGAGGCGUUUCAGUUGCUGAAUUCAAUAUUGAAACUACCCCUGCAACUCGAGAUUUUCAAUAUCAUUUUGACGGACCGUGCUCGGUGACAAUUCCCGAGGCAUUAGCUCCUUAGUAAGAUUUAUAUUUUUAUUUUAGUGGUAUAUAGUGAAACCCUUAACAUAUCAAUUUAUAAGGGUGGGUUUUUAAUUUUUUUUUAACUAUUUGGUCGGAACUACGACCUGGUGAUACUUGUGUUAUUAAAAAGUUUUAGUAUAUAUUGUAAUUUAAUCAAGAUAGAUAUUUUUUGAAUAUUUUAUUUUGAUAUAAAAUUUAUAAUCAUAAAAAAGAGUAGAAGGGAUCAUAGCAUAUUUAACAACAAACGUUUAUUUUAAACUUUCAUGAAGAAAUGUGAAAUAAAGAAAACAUUAUAUAAUUUGUUUUUAUCAAAUAUUAUAUUGAAUAGAUUAACCACAAUGAAGAAAAUAUACAGUAUACAGACAAUCGGUUUCAAGAAAGGAAACAAUAAAAUAAAUGCGUUUCCUACCUUAAAAGGUAAUUGCAAAAUUCGGGAUAUAAAAGUUUACAGAUUUCGUUUUUUUUUCUUUUUGGAUCGUUCCUAAAAUAAAGCGCAAUAUAGAUUUGUCGCAUAAAUAUUGUCAUAUACACGUAGAAUUCACGUGUUUCAACAGUUACCAAUAAUAUUUUUCAUGACGAACAUAGGAUUUGAAAUUACAUACAAAGUUUUUCAAGGAUUUAAAUAAAAUAUACGCAAUACUCUUCUUGGCAGUAUUUAAAUAUUUCAAUUGAUACAAAAUAUAUGUAUAUCGAUGCGUAUUUCAAAAACACGCCAUUUUUAAAUCUAAUAUACAUUCUGUAUAUUGGAUUGCAUAAAAAUCUAUGUAUUUGAAAUACAGCCCGCCCCGUUGACGGUGUUUACUGAUCUGAUGUUUCAGCGUUCGUUUGAAGCAUCGUCAGCAUUUUUGUAGAAAAAGAUAUUAACCGCAAAGCGUCUACGGAGAUAAACGUAUGAAAAGUACGAAGAAAUUGUUUAAGUUCAUGGGCAGUGAACAUUCAAUAACUUAACGAAAUAAAAAGGCGUUUUUUUAGACAAUUCAUUCUUAUAAUCGUUUCAUUCAUUAGGCAAAAUUCCUUCGCUACUUUUAUCCAUUUACAGCAUUUACA